AUGGCGUUGACAUUGGGAACCAUUCUCUAUGUUGCUAUACUCCUCAUAAACGCCAUGGCCGUACUGAGUGAGGAUCGCUUCCUGGCACGGAUUGGUUGGUCUUCUGUACAGCCACCAACAGGAGCUGCAGGAUUUUCCCAGUCGUAUGGCCCUGCGUACGACUCAGCAGGAUAUCAGGGAGGACAGGACAUUAGCAUGAAAGCGCGGCUCAUUAACCUCAUCAGUGCAGUGCGGACACUUAUGCGAAGUACGCAGUAUUUUCUCAAUUACGGUGCCGAUAUCUGA